UCAGGCAGCGGGGCGGGGCCGGUGUGGGCGGGGCGCCACGGCUCUCGCCCUGAUUCGUGCGGGGAUUGGACGGGCCGCGGCUUCCUUACCUCCAACCAAUCACCGGCCUGAACUUCCUGGAGGCUUUGGUGCGCUCCGGCGUCGCUCGGGUGGUCGGCGAGUGCUCCGCGGUGACCGGUGUCUGCAGGCCCAGCUCUGCACCGGAAAUCAUGAAGCUCCGGAAAGCUUGGCUGUUGGUCCUGCUCUUGGCGCUGACACAGCUGCUGGCUGCUGCGAGCGCCGGAGAUGCGCACGAAGAUACUUCAGAUACAGAAAAUGCCACUGAGGAGGAGGAAGAGGAGGAGGAGGAAGAGGAAGAGGAUGACGAUGACUUGGAAGUUAAGGAAGAAAAUGGUGUUUGGGUCUUAAAUGAUGGGAACUUUGAUAACUUUGUGGCUGACAAAGAUACAGUGCUACUGGAGUUCUAUGCACCAUGGUGUGGACACUGCAAGCAGUUUGCUCCAGAAUAUGAGAAAAUUGCCAGUACUUUGAAGGAUAAUGAUCCUCCCAUUCCUGUUGCGAAGAUCGAUGCAACCUCAGCAUCCAUGCUAGCCAGCAAAUUUGAUGUGAGUGGCUACCCCACCAUCAAGAUCCUGAAGAAGGGACAGGCCGUUGACUAUGAUGGCUCCAGGACCCAGGAAGAAAUUGUUGCCAAAGUCAGAGAAGUUUCCCAGCCUGAUUGGACACCUCCACCUGAAGUCACUCUUUCAUUGACUAAAGAUAACUUUGACGAUGUCGUAAAUAAUGCAGACAUCAUUUUGGUGGAGUUCUAUGCCCCGUGGUGUGGACACUGCAAGAAACUUGCCCCUGAGUAUGAGAAAGCUGCCAAGGAGCUCAGCAAGCGCUCUCCCCCAAUUCCCUUAGCCAAAGUGGACGCCACCGAACAGACAGACCUGGCUAAGAGGUUUGAUGUCUCUGGCUACCCGACUUUGAAAAUUUUCCGCAAAGGAAGGCCUUUUGACUACAAUGGCCCACGAGAGAAAUAUGGGAUUGUUGACUACAUGAUUGAGCAGUCUGGGCCUCCCUCAAAGGAGAUUCUGACCCUGAAGCAGGUCCAGGAGUUCCUGAAGGAUGGAGAUGAUGUAGUCAUCAUUGGGCUCUUUCAGGGAGAUGGUGACCCGGCCUACUUGCAGUAUCAGGAUGCUGCUAACAACCUGAGAGAAGACUACAAGUUUCACCACACUUUCAGCCCUGAGAUAGCCAAGUUCCUGAAAGUCUCCCUCGGGAAGUUGGUGCUGAUGCACCCUGAGAAGUUCCAGUCCAAGUAUGAGCCCAGGUUCCACGUGAUGGACGUUCAGGGCUCCACAGAGGCAUCAGCCAUUAAGGACUAUGUGGUGAAACAUGCCUUGCCCCUGGUGGGCCAUCGAAAGACUUCUAAUGAUGCUAAGCGGUACAGCAAACGCCCCCUGGUGGUUGUAUACUACAGUGUGGACUUCAGCUUUGAUUACAGAGCUGGUGAGAGACCCUACCAACACCUUUAUAGGGUGGGGGCUACCAUUUUUAGACAUCUUGUUCUAGAACCCUUAAAGUUAGUGCAAAAGCCGGGUGAGGGCCCAUUCAGUAGCAUCAGUCUAAAGAAGCCACAGUUUGUGGUUAGGCAAGGAUUCCGGGAGGCAUCUCCAGAUGCAUCCCAGAGAAAACUAAAGCCAGUCAUCAAAUCACAGCCAGUACCCAAGAACAACAAGGGACCAGUCAAGGUGGUGGUGGGAAAGACCUUCGAUGCCAUUGUGAUGGACCCCAAAAAGGAUGUCCUCAUUGAAUUCUAUGCACCCUGGUGUGGGCACUGCAAGCAGCUAGAGCCUAUCUACACCAGCCUAGGCAAGAAAUACAAGGGCCAGAAGGACCUGGUUAUCGCCAAGAUGGAUGCUACUGCCAACGACAUCACCAACGACCAAUAUAAGGUGGAGGGCUUCCCUACCAUCUAUUUUGCUCCCAGUGGGGACAAAAAGAACCCAAUUAAGUUUGAGGGCGGCAACAGAGAUCUGGAGCAUUUGAGCAAGUUUAUAGAUGAACAUGCCACAAAGAGGAGCAGGACCAAGGAAGAGCUUUAAAGGCCUGGCUGUGUGCAGAAGGUGGAGGCACCAGGCACUAGUGGACAGCACCAAGCACGUGAGCCAUCAGUGAAAUGGCAGGAUCUUGACUUUUUUUUUUAUAUUUUGUUAAUGCCACCUCAUGAUCUGAAUACUGAGUAGCCACGAGUGACUUGAUGAUAGUUUAGAUCAGAUUUUUAUGGAGGAUACAUCUAUUUUUAUCAUUUUGGGUCUUCUCUUUUUUUUUUUUUUUUUUUAAACUAUUUACUUCAGUAUUUCUUCAGACAAAUACGUUUUGGAUCUUCUGUUUAAGAAUCUUUUUUUUUUUUUAAUUUAAACUUUAAAAGUCUUUGCCAAA